AUGUCGGGCCCCGGGCCGCGGGAGCCGCCGCAGGCGGGCGGGCCGGCGGGCCCCGAGGGCGCGGACGCGGCGCCGGGCGAGGCGGGGCUGAGCUUCACGACCACCGACCUGAGCCUGGUGGAGAUGACGGAGGUGGAGUAUACGCAGCUGCAGCACAUCCUCUACUCGCACAUGGAGGCGGUGGCGGCAGCGGCGGCGGGCGGCUUCGCUGCGGCUGGGGGCGCGGCGGCGGCGGCGGGGGGCGCGGCGCCCGUGUACCCGGUGCUGUGCCCGCCCGCGCUAGCCGACGGCGGCUUCGCGGGCGCAGCGCCCUGCCUGGGCCACGUCGACUUCCAGGAGCUGCGCAUGAUGCUGCUGAGCGAGGCGGGCGCCCCUGCCAUCGCCCCCGCCGAGAAGACGCCGGGCGCCGACGGCCCCUGUCCCCGCGCGCCGCGGCCCAAGGCGCCCGACGGCGGCGGCAAGGAGAACGCGGAGGGCGCGCCCGAGGCGCGGGCCAAGUGGGCCGUGCGCGUCCGCCUGGAGGACCGCUUCAACAGCAUCCCUGCCGAGCCGCCGCCCGCCCCGCGCGGCCCCGAGACCCCAGAGCCCCGCGUGGCGCUCAACAAUUUGGUAACUCUUAUCCGACAUCCUUCCGAAUUCAUGAACGUCCCUCUACAUCAGCAACAAAACAAAUGCACGACAUUGGUGAAAAAUAAAACCGCAGCGGCCGCCACCGCUUUACAAUUUACAUGUCCUCUGUUCACGGCCGAUGCUUGCUCUGCUGCGGGGGGUUCGAGCCUCUCACAGACGCAGGGUUCCGGUAACGCCUGUUCUAUACUCGAAGCUGCCAAGCAUCAGGACACUGGAUUGCCUAGAGCAUUCUCUUUCUGUUACCAGCAGGAAAUUGAACCCACUAAACAGACUUUGGGCAGUAGAAACAAAGCUUUGCCUGAGCAAGUUUGGAUUAAAGUAGAAGAAGCGCUAUGUAAGCAAGCCAUAAGUAAGAGGAAUCGGAGUAGAAUACGUCAGCUGGCCACAAAUGUAGAACGAAGAGCCCUUGGAGAGAUUCAGAACGUGGGCGAAGGCUCGACGUCCCCACAGGGCGCUUGGCCGCCCGCGGAGUCCUCGCAGGCAAACCUCGGGGAGCAGACCCAGAGCGGGCCCCGGGGAGGAAGGUCGCACCGUAGGGAGAGGCACAACCGCAUGGAAAGAGAGAGAAGGUGCAGAAUCCGCAUUUGCUGUGAUGAGUUGAAUCUUUUAGUCCCGUUCUGCAAUGCGGAGACGGAGAAGGCGACCACCCUGCAGUGGACCACUGCGUUCCUGAAGUACAUUCAGGAAAGACAUGGAGAUGCUCUUAAAAAGGAAUUUGAGAGUGUGUUUUGCGGUAAAACCGGCAGAAGGCUCAAGUUGACCAGACCAGACUCCUUGGUGGCGCGUCCCGCGCAUGAGAGCCUACAGAGCAGACCAGCCAUGGAUGUCAAGUGA